AUGUUGUCUACCGAGUUGACCGAGGCUCAGGUCUCGGCUCUUAGGGCCAACAAAGAGCGUCUUGCACAGGAUCUUCAUCACAGUUGUCAAUGGGGUUCUGGGAUUCGAUGGGGCAGUGGUCCCACGAAUACGGGAAUGCAGCGCCUCGCCUUGUCCCAGGAGGAUAAGCAAGUGCGGGAUUGGUUCAUUGAAACGACAAAAGCCCUCAAAUGUCAAGUCACCAUAGACGAGAUGGGCAACAUCUUUGCAGUUCGCCCUGGACGAAGGACGGAUGUACCCCCUGUAUUCAUUGGUAGCCAUCUGGACACACAGCCGACGGGCGGACGAUACGACGGAAUUCUGGGCGUUCUCUCCGGUAUCGAAGCAUUGAAGAGCAUGGAUGACAUGGGUCUCGAGACAGAAGGUGGCGUGGGUGUGGUAAACUGGACGAACGAAGAAGGCGCGCGGUUCCCUAUCAGCAUGAUCUCCUCUGGAGUAUGGGCCGAAUGCAUUCCCCUCGCGCAAGCCCACAGGCUUAAGGAAGUUCCAACAGUCGCAUCGCUCCCUACCGCGUCUUCGGCUCCCGAGUCCUUGAAAUCGGCACUUGAGAAGAUCAAUUAUCUUGGGAGUGUGCCAUGUUCGUACAAGCAUACUCCUAUGGCUGCUCACUUCGAGUUGCAUAUCGAACAAGGACCUCACCUUGAGACGGCAGGCCAGCACGUCGGUGUAGUCACUGCCGUGCAAGCAUACCGCUGGUUCCGUCUCACCGUUGUUGGGCGGGAUACCCAUACGGGUACUACUGCUUUCGAGCACCGCGCAGAUGCCUUGUAUGCUUUCGCUCAGAUGAUGGUGCGUGCACGCGAGGUCGCCUCUUCUCAUGGAUGUCUGGCCAGCGUAGGUAUCGUGGAGGCAAAGCCGGGCAGCGUUAACACCGUUCCUGGUGUGGUCAGUUUUAGUCUCGACAUCCGUGGCCCCGAGGAUGAACUGGUCAAUGUUGUGGAGAAGCAGUUGAGAAAGGACUUCGACGACAUCGCAGCGGAAGAAGGCAAAAUCAUCGGAAAGCCUUGUCGCGUGGAAUGGACUCUGGACUUUGACUCGCCAGUGGUGAAGUUCCACCCGGACUGCAUCGACUGCGUCCAACAAUCUGCAGAGGCCGUUGUUGCGGAUUUCAACUCAACAGAGCCCAAGUCUCUCACAAGGACUAUCAUGAGCGGUGCAGGACACGACAGCGUCUUCACCUCUCAGAGAAUCCCGACAAGUAUGAUUUUCGUGCCAUGCAAAGAUGGGUUAAGCCAUCAUCCGGAAGAGUUCUGCUCUGCAGAGGAUUGUGCAACCGGCGCAUCAGUUAUUUUGCAGGCCGUUAUCCGCUACGAUCGUAAGAGAUUCUCUAGUUAG